UUGAAAUUAGUGGAAAUGACGAUCUUUUUCAAAACAAUUUUAGCCAAUAGUACGAAACUUCCAUCGUUCACAACGAACAUCACAAAGGUUGAAGUUGAAAACGAGUCUCGCAAGGGAAAGAUUCUCUGUAACGUGCUCAGUGCUGAGGACAACGACUACUGGUUCACACGAGAAGGGAAACGCGUAACAAAUAGCAAAAUAUAUCGUUACAAGAAGAAUAGAUAUCUGAGAAUAAAAAAGAUCACAUGGCUGACGCUGGGUGAAUACGUUUGCUGGGCAAGAAACAAGGCGGGAGAAGUGAGCAGAAUAAUAAACGUUGUUGUCGUGGACUCACGUGUAGACAAGAUCACUAAAGAUUUUGCACCCGUUUUCUAUUUCCGCAUUUGAUAAAAAAGAAACACAAGUACUUUCCUGUUGGAAAACGGUUUUCAAUGAACUGUGAAGCUAAUGGACGACCUUCACCAAAGGUGCAAUGGUACAAAAACGGUCAACUUAUGUCGUAGAUGCCGGAUGGAAAACCCU